AGCAGCAGCCGGCGAGGAGGGAGCAGCAGCAGCGGCGGCGGCGGCGGCGGCGGCGGCGGAGGCGCCCGGUCCCGGCCGCGCGAAGGGGACAUGUGCAGGCUGGGCUAGGAGCCGCCGCCUCCCCCCCCGCCCAGCGAUGUAUUCAGCGCCCUCCGCCUGCACUUGCCUGUGUUUACACUUCCUGCUGCUGUGCUUCCAGGUACAGGUGCUGGUGGCCGAGGAGAACGUGGACUUCCGCAUCCAUGUGGAGAACCAGACGCGGGCUCGGGACGAUGUGAGCCGUAAGCAGCUACGGCUGUACCAGCUCUACAGCCGGACCAGCGGGAAGCACAUUCAGGUCCUGGGCCGUAGGAUCAGCGCCCGCGGCGAGGACGGGGACAAGUAUGCCCAGCUCCUAGUGGAGACAGAUACCUUCGGUAGUCAAGUCCGGAUCAAGGGCAAGGAGACGGAAUUCUACCUGUGUAUGAACCGGAAAGGCAAGCUUGUGGGGAAGCCCGAUGGCACCAGCAAAGAGUGUGUGUUCAUCGAGAAGGUCCUGGAGAACAACUACACAGCCCUGAUGUCGGCCAAGUACUCUGGCUGGUACGUGGGCUUCACCAAGAAGGGGCGACCACGGAAAGGCCCCAAGACCCGGGAGAACCAGCAGGAUGUCCACUUCAUGAAGCGCUACCCCAAGGGACAGGCAGAGCUGCAGAAGCCCUUCAAGUACACCACAGUGACCAAGCGGUCCCGGCGGAUCCGCCCCACACACCCCGGCUAGGCUGGCCCCGCUGUGGCCCUGCCAGGCUUCCCCAGCCCACACUCACACUCACAGAGAACUGCAAUCAGAGGAAUAUUUUUACAUGAAAAAUAAGGAAGAAUUUCUAUUUUUGUAUAUUGUGUUUAAAAGAAGACAAAAAACUGAACCAAAAUUCUUGGGGGAGGGGAGCGAUAAGGAUUUUAUUGUUGACUUGAAACUCCCUAUGACAAAAGACUCACACCAAGGGACUGUUGUCAACACACAGGUGCUUGUGUCUCUCUAGGAACAGACAACUCUAAACUUGUCCCCAGAGGAGGACUUGAAUGAGGAAAACGACACUCUGAGAAACCAAAGUCCUUUUUCCCAAAGGUUCUGAAAGCAAAAAAAAAAAAAAAA